GCCAAGAACGGCCAGCGCAUCGGUGUACGUUACAUCGGUAAGUUGACCAACGGCAAGGUCUUUGACAAGAACACCAGCGGAAAGCCCUUCAACUUCUUGUUGGGUCGUGGUGAGGUCAUCAAGGGCUGGGAUGCUGGCUGUGUUGGCAUGAAGCUCGGUGGUGAGCGUAAGUUGACCAUCCCUGCUGAGUUGGCUUACGGUAAGCGUGGUGCUCCCCCAGAUAUUCCUCGCAACGCUACCCUUAUCUUCGAGGUCAAGUUGGUCUCUAUGAAAUAA